AGCAGUCGAUUUGACGAGUGUUUGUAUCGACAGCGGCGGAAUGGUCAUCCUCUAUUCGUCACGUCAGAGAGAUUGCGUCAUUACGAGAUCAAUUUUUUCCACCCUACGGUGAUCGGACGUGGGACGUGGUGCCUGAGCGAUCGGUUUUUAUCGGGAGAGGGCUCGUUCAGGGCGGAGGAAACGAUGACUAGAACGAUCAGAGUCUUGAUAGUGUUACUGUUGUCCGUGAUCCCCUGGCCAGGACCCAGCGUAUUUAAAAUAUCAUGCCCCCGCGAUCGAGCGUCCGUGGUGAGGAGGAUAGUGCAGAAGAGAUGGAUGCCAAUCCUGAAGAAAUAUCAGGUAGAGCUGCCGCUGGAAUGCCCGUUUCACGAGAGCCGAGAUAUUUUUCGACCGCAGCAGAAGGCCAAACAUCAGCACAGGCCGUCGCAAUGGACCUGCGGCCUGUGCGGCAAGUCCUUCUACGCAGAGAAACACCUAGAUGCCCACUUCGAUAACAGACACAAAAGUAACGUUAACACGGCGGAGGACGCGGUGUGCCUCGCGGACUAUUGCGACAUCAUGAGGUGCGACGUGCUGGGUAACCGGGACUUCGAGAGUUCCCUGGUGGACGACGAGGCAGGUCAUCACAGCACCGAUAUACAGGUCUGGAAGGAGAACACCGAGCAACGUUCCACGUCGGUGUUGCCUUGCGAGUCGCGAACCUUCUCGAGGACCUACCCCGUAGGCGAUAAGGCUUGCACGAUUACCGGUGGAGGAGCGGUCACCAAUAUCCAGCAGUAUUGCCAUCGCGAGGACAGCGGUGCACUGGAGAAUCAUCGUUUGCCGGGGACAGCUUAUCACGUGGAGAUCGCUGGUCCGGACAACAAGAGCAACGCCUGCGACAACGAGGACGAGGACGAGGACGAGGAGGACGAGGAGGACGACGAGGAGAACCUCGUGGAGGCGGCUCUGCCGGCUGUAGAUAAGAAACAGAGGCGCAAAGGAUUGCAUCUGAGGAAGCUCAAGUCCAACUGCAAGCCCGAAGAGCUGCAGAAGCUGAAGCUGCAGUGCGAAAUUCUUGUACGCGAUUGCAUCGCUGGACUUUUGACGAAUCUCUCGAUCAGGGAUUUCCAGGAGAUCGAAGGGGAACUGAAUCGCGCGAUAUGCUGGUACCUAAGCUGCGACAGGUACUGGGAGGACACGAAGAGGCAACAAAGGCACACACCCUGGUACCUGUUGACCAUUUUCCUCGUCGUUCUCUUCACGGCGAGUUACAUGUGCUACUACAUUAUUUGGGUGCUGUUCAACUCAGCAGACGAAGACAGACUGGAUGGAUCAGGAAGUUUAGACUACACGGAUGGAGAUCUCACGGCUACGUCGUCGUUACACGAUCAGAGUGGUCCCGGCGAGGGUAGAAGCGGCGUGAGAAGAAAAGGAGAUCAAGGGGACGAGAAUCUAGCUAUUACGAACGAAGAGAUGCCCGAUCAUUACAUCUACGUACCCUAUCCACCUGAGCUAAAGCAGCGAUUACUGGACAGCUGCUACAACAGAACCACUCGACUUUAAGAAGCGAUAGAAGAGAGGAUACGGGCGAAAGAUGACGCUCCUCGGACGAAGAGACGAGGAGAACGCGAGAAACGAGUGUAUUCCAUGGCAAACACCACGAUCUUUCUUAAUUUUCCU